CAGCCGCUCCCUUCUCUGGGCGUCUGGACUCCUUUUCUCUUACGGGCCCCGCCCAGGCGGCUGCCCGUGACCUGCCUGGGCGCAGGGAACGGAAAGCCGGGAGAGGCAAGACCAGUUCAGAUCGCCAUGGGGCUGUUUGGAAAAACCCAGGAGAAGCCGCCCAAAGAGCUGGUCAAUGAAUGGGCUUUGAAGAUAAGAAAGGAAAUGAGAGUUGUUGACAGGCAAAUAAGAGAUAUCCAAAGAGAAGAAGAAAAAGUCAAACGGUCUGUGAAAGAUGCUGCCAAGAAGGGAGAGAAGGAUGUCUGUGUGGUUCUGGCCAAGGAGAUGAUCAGGUCGAGGAAGGCUGUGAGCAAGCUCUAUGCUUCCAAAGCUCACAUGAACUCUGUGCUCAUGGGGAUGAAGAACCAGCUGGCGGUUUUGCGAGUGGCUGGUUCCCUGCAGAAGAGCACAGAAGUGAUGAGGGCCAUGCAGAGUCUUGUGAAGAUCCCAGAAAUCCAGGCCACCAUGCGGGAGCUAUCCAAAGAGAUGAUGAAGGCUGGGAUCAUAGAAGAGAUGUUAGAGGACACUUUUGAAAGCAUGGAGGAUCAGGACGAAAUGGAGGAAGCGGCAGAAAUGGAAAUUGACAAGAUUCUGUUUGAAAUUACAGCAGGGGCCUUGGGCAAAGCACCUAGUAAAGUGACCGACGCCCUUCCAGAGCCUGAACCUCCAGGAGCGAUGGCUGCCUCUGAAGACGAGGAGGAGGAAGAGGCCCUAGAGGCCAUGCAGUCCCGGCUGGCCACACUCCGCAGCUAGGGGCUGCCCAGCUGGGCCCUCAGGCUCUUCUCAUGGCCCACCCGCUGGGUGUGCACACACUCCUCUGAAGCAGCCGCCAUUUAUG